UCCAGAACGGUCGGUGUUUACUCGGAAAGUAGGUGUGCAGGUGAGCUAAACCUUCAGAAUUUUCUACAGUCUCCCAAGAGCAGCAGAAAAUGAACAUGUCUCAGGCAUUAGUGUCAUUCAAGGAUGUGACUGUGGAGUUCACCCAAGAGGAGUGGAAGCACAUGAACCUUGCUCAGAGGACCCUGUACAGAGACGUGAUGCUGGAGAACUACAGUCACCUUGUCUCAGUGGGGUAUUGCUUUACAAAACCAGAAGUGAUCUUCAAGCUGGAGCAAGCAAAAGAUCCAUGCUUAUCAGAGGAAGACUUUCUAAACAGAAGCUACCAAGAAGACUGCCAACUUGAUGACUGGUUAGAGAAGAGCCUGGAAAACCAAGACAAACAUCUUUGGCAAGUUUUAUUAACCACCAAUAAAAUAUUGACCACUGAGCAAGAGAAAAUUUCAGGAAAACCAUGUAAACAGAAUGUAGAUACAUUUACUUCAAGAAAAAUGCCCUGUAAGUGUGACAUUACAGGGCCUGCUUACCAGAGUCUCAUACCAUUGUUUCCACAUUGUAGUUCUUCAACAAAGAAAGAUUAUGAGUUUAAUGCACAUGAGAAAUGUCUCACUGUUCGACAUGAGAGAACAAAUACUAGAGAGAAAUCUUUAGCUUAUAAUCAAGAUGUGAAAGUCCUCAGUCAGGAGGAGGCAUGUGUUCAGCAUCAGACAGUUCAGACUUUUGGGCAAACUUUUGUAAAUAAUGAAAAUGGAAAAGCCUUCCAUGAGAAGCCAGCCCUCAUUACACCUAAGAGUGCCCAAAUAAAACUAAAAUCCUAUACUUACAAUAAAUUUGGUGAAAACUUAUGUGAGUCAACCCUUGUCUCUGAUAGCAUUCACACAGAAGAGAAGAGUAACUAUGAAUUUAAUGAAAAUAAAUUUAACAAAAAUGGGGAUAAUUUCAUUAGGAUCACCCAAUUUCAGAGAAAAGAUACAGGAAGCAAAAUGUCCAGCAAAAAAUCAGACCUCGGAGGACAUCAAACAACUCAUACAGGGAUGAAACCACUUGAAUGUGGUAAAAGCUUCAGUCAUAACUCAGCCCUUGUGGUAUGUCAGAAGACUCACACAGCAGAGAAAUCCUGUAUUUAUAACAAAUGUAGAGAAACCAUUAACUUCCAGUCAGCCUUAAACAUACAUCAAAGAACUCAUCCAAGGACAACACCCUAUGAGUGCAAAGAAUGUGGAAUAUCCUUCUCUAGGAAGUCAAACUUCAUUUUCCAUACAAAAACUCACACAGGGAAGAAACACUGUGAAUGUAAUGAAUGUGGGAAAACUUUCAGGAAGAACUCAGCACUAAGGAACCAUCAGAGAACUCACCUGGGGGAGAGACCCUUUGAAUGCAAUGAACAUGGGAAAGCUUUCAAGCUGAAGUCAUACCUAAGCAAAUAUCAGAGCACGCACACAGGUAAGAGGCCCUAUAAAUGUGAUGAAUGUGGGAAGUCUUUCAGCUGGAAGUCACGCUUCAGUGAACAUCAGAAAACUCACACAGGGGUUAAACCCUAUGAAUGUAAUGAAUGUAGGAAAGGUUUCAGGUAUAAGUCAGACCUAAGAAAACAUGAGAGAACUCACACAGGUGAGAGACCUUAUGCAUGUGAUGCAUGUGGGAGAUCUUUUAGUAGGAAAUCAAACCUCACACUACAUCAGAGAAUGCACACAGGAGAGAAACCCUUUAAAUGUAAUGAAUGUGGGAAAACUUACAGUGAUAAAUCAGCACUAAGGAAACAUCAGAGAACUCACACAGGAGAGAAACCCUAUAAAUGUGAUGAGUGUGGGAAAAGUUUCAGCCAGAACUCAAUCCUCAGAAGUCAUCAGAGAACACACACAGGGGAGAAACCCUAUGAAUGUCAUGAAUGUGGAAAAGGUUUUAGCCAGAGCUCAAUCCUUAGAGGUCAUCAGAGAACUCACACAGGGGAGAGACCUUAUAAAUGUGAUGAAUGUGGGAAAUCUUUCACCUGCAAAUCAUAUAUCAGAAUCCAUCAGACAAUUCACACAGGGGAGAAACCCUGUAAAUGUAAUGAAUGUGGGAAAGGUUUCAGGAAUAAGUCAGAGCUAACACAACAUCAGAGAUCUCACACAGGUGAGAGACCGUAUAUAUGUGAUGAAUGUGGGAAAUCUUUUCAUUGGAAGUCAAACCUUACAGUACAUCAGAGAACUCACACAGGAGAGAAACCUUUUGAAUGUAUUGAAUGUGGGAAAACUUUUAGCAGGAAAUCAAGAGCAAUGAGACAUCAUAGAAUUCACACAGGAGAGAAACCUUAUGAAUGUAAUGAAUGUGGGAGAGCUUUCAGAGAAAAGUCACACCUUAGAGGUCAUCAGAAAACACACACACGGGAAAAACCAUGUAAAUGUGAUAAAUGUGGGAAAACUUUAACCUCUAAGUCAACCCUCAGAGUCCAUCAGAGAAUGCAUGCAAAAUAGAAACUCUAAGGUAGUAAUGAAAAAUUUCCACUGUCAGUCACACUUCAGAUUAUAAGCGUGAACACACACAGGAAAAACCCUAUGAGUGUAAUGAAUGUGGGAAAGGUUUAACCUAGAAGUUACACGUCAGAAGUCAUCAGAGAACUCCCACAUGGGAUAGACCCUAUACAUGUAAUCAACGCGUGAAAGCUUUCAGCCAGAAGCCGCAUCUGGGAGAUCAUCAGAGAACUUACACAGGUUAUAAAUGUGAUGAAUAUAGGAAAUACAUAGCUGGAAGUCACCCCUCUUACUACAUAAGAGAACACACACAGGAGAGAAACCCUUUGAAUAUAGUGAAUGUGGGAAGAUUUUCAGGCAAAGUCUGGGAU